UCAGAUAAAAGGGAGAGACGCGCGGGUUAAAAGAGCCAUGGGUCGGGUAAGUUUUGGUUCGCGGGUCCUUGGAUCUCCUCAGUUGGAUCCUAACAAAACCUGGGUUUUUCCUCUUUUCCGUUCAAACAACACAGACGAAGAGAGAGAAAGCACAGACGAAGAGAGAGAAAGAGAGCGAGAGAGCAGAAAACGCGAACGAUCGAAGACGACGAUCACGAAAUCGAAGAAGGAUCGAAGAAGAACAAGAAAGUCUGACCGGAAAAAUGGAUCCCUCUUCCCCUUUUCCUCAUGUCGUUCCAGAUCGAAGAUACAGCUAGAACACGACGAACCUGGCUUAGUGAGCUUAUGUAGGUCUGGCUAUGGGAAUUUCAGAGGCUCAGUUAAGAGUAACGUUCGAAGUGAAGUGCUUCAAGGAAAGGAUCAGCGAAGUUGCUUUGUUUUGAAUAUAAUAAACCUGGUAGGGAAGAUGAUCAUGCUAACUGGGUUUCUUUUGUGACCGAUGGUGCUUGGCAUGUGGGCACACAGAUGGGAGCGGCUGCUUGGGUGUUGGAAUCUAGUUGCCAGGAUGUUGUAAAUUAAGCUGUUACGUGCUUUGCUUCCUCUGCUACUGCUGUUGAAAUUAGGGUAGGUUACUGGUGUUAGAGUGUGCCAUUAAGGAGAAGCUGGAGAAAAUAUGCAUGCAUCAAAACAGAUUGCUCACUCUUUGUGCACGGUUUAAUUGAUCCUAGUAGUGCUCCUUUUUGUGUUAGAGCAGUUUUUUCUGAUUUUUGUUAUUCAUGUUCCAGGUUUAGUAUUGUAAAAGUUAUUAAAGUUUCAAGACUGGUGGUUAAGUCUGCUCAUAAUCUAGCAAGAGCGGCCUUACCACGUAUGUUGUAAUGUUGGUUGUGUGGCUGGUUUAUAUAUGCGUUGAA